AUGAAGACUGGAACCCUCUUUUCUUUCGCCGUCAUGCUGCUGGCUGGCCUGACGGCUACCGCUGAAGCCUCCUCUUGCCGACUGCGACCACACGGCCAUAGCCACGGCCACAAGAAGCACAAAGGUUCCGCUGUGGAUGCAAUCCAGCCUAACCUGACCGCUGUUCCUACUUUGUCGGCCGCUCGCCCUUUUCACGCGAAGCCCACCACGGUUGUAGCUGUUCCGUCGGCUCACGCCUCAGCUGUAGUUAACAGGCCGGUUGCCGCCAAGCCAUCAACAGCGCCUGCCAAGAAGCUGUCUGCCCAGCCAGCUGAGGAUACGACCCCUGCCUCUGAAAUCUUUUGGGGUGUGGGUACCCGAUACGGCACCACAUCCUGCACUGAGCUGGACUGCUGGCAGCAUGGUGCUUGCAGCUUCGUUGGCUACGACCUCCCAGCAAGCAUCGAUGGAUCCACCUGUGUCUCUGACGAUAUCUGGGACAACGGUGGUAACUGCGGCGGCUGCAUUGCGGUCACCUACAAGGGCAAGACCCUCAAGAUCAUGGUGACAAACCGGACGGGUGGCAACGGGACUCACCUCGACAUGACCCCGGACACAUACUCGAAGCUGACCAACGGCGUCACCGCAGGUGGUGUUGAUGGCAUCAAGUGGGAGUGGAUUAGUUGCCCAUUUGGCGACACUGACCCUCUCCAGAUUCAUAUGCACAGUGGUUCGUCUCGGUGGUGGUUUGCUGCCACAAUUGAGAAUGGCCGUCUCCGAACCAAGGCCGUCGAAGUCAGCGCCGAUCAAGGAAAAACGUGGAAGCCAACGACUCGAAAGAGCGUCAACAUGUACGUUCUCGAGGGAAGCCUUCCUAGUGACACGGCCUGGGUCCGCGCUACGAGCAUCGAAGGGCAUCAGGUUGUUGUCAAAGAUGUCGCUCUCAAGUCUGGCCAGAUUACCAAGGCGACUGAGAACUACUGA